UAAGCUCCCUUCCAACCCAACCAUUCAGUGGUUCUGUGGUCUUUAAGGUCCUCGCCAUCCCAAACUAUUCCAAGUUUCUGUGAAUAUUCUGUAAGAAAUAAAACAAAAUGCAACAUGAGCUAUCCCUUGAGCUCAAAAAGCAUACCAAAACAUUAGUGAUAGCUAAAGCACAAACGGAGACGAUCUCCAGUUUUAUCUUUGUUCACAGAGUUGCUGCUUAGGUGAUGCCUUGCUCUUGGCCUCCCCUUUGCACAGCCAGCCCUUUACUUUUGCAGGCGUUUCCAGAAUCUCCCAGAAAGCUGAAGAAAGUUGAGUUGCUUGUAGAACUGCUCCUCUGGGAGCACCUUUCAGAUUUGAUGACUGCGUGCUGUGGGGUGGAAAUCAGUGUGGGGCCCAGGUUGCCACCCAGAGCAGACUAAAUGCUCCUCUGGGUGGGCUGAGCGCUGCAGUAAUCUACUGAAAUAUGGAUUUAAUACCAUCAUAUAGACAAAGUACAUGCAUUUACAUUUUCUACUGAAAUCAAAUGACCCAAAUUAAGCAAAGUGAAUAGAUUUAAUUUAGUCUCUGAUGAGCGGACCAGAUAUCAACAAAUCCCAGUUCAUCGCUUGAUGUACCCGAGAAACUACACAUAGCCAAGCAGCAGAAUGAAGUCAUUUGGAAAUUGAAUAAUCCUCCCCCAGAGGGGAUAAUCCCAGCCUGGAAGUGUCUGGGAUGCUAAGGAGGGGAUGAGCAGCAGGGUCUGUUGCUGUGAAUGGAGCCAGGGCUGCCAGAGAAGGACUUGACAAAUUAUGGGUCCCUUCCAACUCUGGAGAUUGGAUGAUUCUGUGAUCAAAGCUAGUGAAAAGCUGCAAACGAGGAGAUACCUGCCUCUUUGUGUGCUGGCCUUUAGCUGCUAAUGCACGUGUCUGGACAUCUGUAAACAAUCCCAUGGAGCAGCUCUCUCCCAGUUUUCAAAAUUGAGUCUCUUGUAAAUAUAAUUCAAGUGAUUGUUGUGAACUGUGGGACAAGCAGAAUUUAUGCCAGCUUUGUAUAUACCCAGUGUGCCUUGGAAUUAAAUCAGUUCAGAAUAUCUGAUUUUGGACACACUGUUCUGCUGAGCUUUGGCUCUUUUAGGCACCUCUGUUGUCAUGGAUGAUCACCGAAUCAUAGAAUCCUUAAAAUUGGAAGAGACCUGUAAAGGUCACCUAGUCCAGCUCCCCUGCAAUGCACAGCUAGGUCAGGUUGCCCAGGUCCUGGUCCAGCCUUACCUUGAAAGUCUCUAGGGAUGGGGCAUCCACCACAUCUCUGAGCAACCUGUUCCAGUGCCUCACCACCCUCACUGUAAAAGACUUUUUCCUUUUAUCUAACCCAAAUCUACCUUCUUUCAGCUUGAAGCCACUUCCCCUUGUUCUAUCACAACAGACUCUGAUAACAAGUGAUGAACUUUUUCUAUGUGAACUCUGAAUCUAAAUCACGAUGUCUAGAUGUAAAAAGAUUGCUGAAGUUGGAAAGGUGGGAUGGUGACCAGCAGACCUGAAUGAUGGUCUCCAUCCAAAUGAUGUGAAGGCCAUUACAUAGCUCUCUGUGUGUGUAUUUGUAUAUGUGUUCGUACACACGUGUAUGUUUGGUUUCUGUUAACACCAUACCUUCUGCAGUCAGAUCUGGUGUUCAUUGACUAUCUCGUGAACCUUUUGUCUGUUCUGCAGAAUGCAGUGAUGUUCAGUGUUCUGUAUUAAAACCUCACCUCGCGUUUUGAAGGCUGUGAUCACGAUUUCACGUACUUUUUUAAUGGCAGCGAUCUGGAAGAAGAGAUUAAACUGAGUUUUGUUAUAGUAGGUGAUGUUUAUGAAAGAAACCGUAUGGACAAGCUGGCUUCGCUGCAGGCACCUGGAUCGUUUGUUUUCCUGGCUCUUAACAGAGAGAUUUGAUACUGGAGGAGCUCCUCCUAAAGAAUUCAUGCAUAUGAAGAUUCCUUCUGGCCUUCCUGUCGGUAGAGCUCACUAGGGAUCUCUGGAUUCACUUUUUUUUCUUUCUCCUGUGUGUUUUUUUUUUUUGGCAGGUGCAAGACCAAAGUGUACCCUGAGGAGCUCCCAAACACCAGUGUGGUCAUCGUGUUCCACAACGAGGCCUGGAGCACCCUGCUGCGCACCGUGCACAGCGUGCUCGCCCGCUCCCCGCGCCGCCUGCUCGCCGAGAUCAUCCUGGUGGACGAUGCCAGCGAGAGGGAAUUUCUGAAGGCCUCCUUGGAGAACUAUGUGAAGAAGCUGGAGGUCCCAGUGAAGAUCCUCCGGAUGGAGCAGCGGUCAGGGCUGAUCCGUGCAAGGCUGCGAGGGGCAGCGGCUGCCCGGGGGCAGGUGGUCACCUUCCUGGAUGCACACUGUGAGUGCACCCGUGGCUGGCUGGAGCCAUUGCUGGCCAGGAUCCGGGAGGACAGGAGGACUGUUGUGUGCCCAAUCAUCGAUGUGAUCAGUGAUGACACGUUUGAGUACAUGGCUGGGUCAGAUAUGACUUAUGGAGGCUUCAACUGGAAGCUGAACUUCCGCUGGUAUCCCGUGCCCCAGAGGGAGAUGGACAGGAGGAAGGGGGACAGGACCUUGCCUGUAAGGACCCCUACUAUGGCUGGUGGCCUAUUUUCUAUUGACAGAAACUACUUUGAAGAGAUAGGAUCUUACGAUGCAGGAAUGGAUAUCUGGGGUGGAGAGAAUCUUGAAAUGUCUUUUAGGGUAAUUGCCGUUUUCCUUCAUUUUCUGUCAACAAACACUUUUGCUGUAACAGUUCCUACAUUGGGGUUAGGGCUGCUGUGUUUUAGCUGCCAUGCAAGUCGUGGGUUAAUUGUAAUGCUGCAGCUAUUUGGGGAUGUCUCAAUACAGUAUUUGGUCCUUUUUACUGCAUGAAACGUUUUGUAACUG